AUGGGAGAGGAACGGAUGGAGUGGCGGGCGCGAGCGGGAGCGGCGUCGCGCGGCAGCCGCGCGAAAGACGGGCGGCGGCGAAGGCUGCGGGCGCGCUCGGCGCGCGAGAGACGCAGAUGGGGAGGCGGCGACGCGGACAAGGUGACCGAUCGCACCUGUGCGGCGGCGCGACGACGCGACGAUUACUUGCGACGACGGCGAUGA